UAGUUUCUGCAACAACAAACCUUUGUUUCCACUUUUCUACACGACGUUAAUAGUAUAUUCGUAUGUUAUCGUAUUCGUCGUCGUAUUCUUACGAAAAAUUAACAUUCUAAUCAUUUUAUAUCGUGCAUCACUACUUUUUAAAAAUGCUAUACGUAUUCCUAGUUGACACUGGAACUACUCUGACGUUUGAUAUGAAUUUGGCUUUGGAUACGGUAGCUAAUCUCAAAGAAGUCGUUUACAAAGCCUCCAAAAUUGCUCCAGAUAAACAAAUUCUUCUCAUCAGCGGAGGACAAGGCUUAGAUCCAUCACAUCGUGUAUGCAGUUAUUCUGCAGGCACUGAUACAAAUCCUAUAUUUCUCUUCUGCAAGUCAACUAUUGAAAGUGCUGUCCCACCUUCACCUAGUAUAGAUUUUGGCUCCGCUCACGACUUACGGCAUAAGGCAGAAGUUUGUCUGAAUGACAAGGAAACUACAUAUCAAACUGUGGUAGCCCGUGUUCAGUUAGCCCAGCAAUUUUAUGAAACUGGAAGAGAAAUCACACGAGUAUGUGAGCAACUAGUCCAUGAUCAACAUAUGCAGCAGCAAGGAUGGUCUGCUGUUGUUGCCAAUCUUGAAGAUGUUAUGACUGAUUUCAAAGGAAGGACCCAGCUUUUUGAACAGACAUACCAACAUUACCUUAGUAGUCGUGAAGAGUACCUGGAUAUUCUUAGUCAUUUCUGGGAUGACCUCAAUGCUUUGGCCAAUAUUCCAGUUUUGUCAUGUUUGCUCAAUAAGGCUGAGGAAAUGCCACUCCUUGACUGGGUUCAUUCAACUGAUGAUGAAGACACAAACCUCAAUGUAGUUGCUGAUUCUUGCACGAAAGCCCUUGAACAAAUGGAUCACCAAUUGUUGCAAGCUCUGGAAAGGAACAUAAAGUCCGCUCUUUCUUCUGCUGAACGGCCAGAGAUGAAAGAAAUCAGAGGACUGGAGGAGCGACUUUUCGGUCUCGAGCAGUUGUUGGUUGAAGCUAGAAAACAAGUCCAGGAGCAGUGUGAUAUAGCUCAAGCGCUUCUUCAGAACCAACAGAGAGCCCGAAAUUUCAAUGACGCUUCUAUUCUACCUGAAUUGUGUACAUCACAUCGUCAUCAGAUUAAGGUUAUGUUGAAGAAUGAUGACAGACUUCGCGAUAUCCGAAGUCGUUGUAGCCGAGCUAAGGAAGAGUUGGGCAAAAAUCUACACGCCCGUCUUCGCUGGAUGAUGUUUGUUCAACGCCAACUGAAUGAAGUUCACGAACGAUUGAAUCUGCAAAAUGAAAAUUUACGUCGACUCCGCCGUCACUUUGAUUUACUUCGGCAACUGCAUCAAGCGCCAAGUAUUUAUCUUCGUUCCAUGGUCGAAAUCGUUAGACGAAAACACUUUGCCGCCAAAUUUAUUGAAUGGGCUGCGACUCUUUCUGGUUAUUCUGCGACGGUGCAUCAAGAUGAAGCGUCGUUGCGCAAGAGCUUUAUUGAAUCUUGCGAAGGGCACUUUCUGACCCAAUUGUUUCCUGGUAUUCUCGAACAGUUUACUCCAUCUUUUGCUACGUCACCUCCUUCACCAUUUGAUGUUAAUAUACCAUCGGUUUCGAUUGAUGAUUUGGAACGCUUGAAAAACGCACUGCCUACAUUAUGGGACAAAUUGAAAUUACCCAACAAUAUCAAGGCAAUUAUUAUAAUUUUGUGCUCGUUUUUUUUUUAUGAACGUAAAUCUAUUUCUUGUGAUCAUCAGGACGUGCUGCGAGAUCCACCUAUUCUAGAACGUCUGUAUUCAUCAGCACAGAAGUUAACUCCAAUAGAACUCCAAGUUGAAACUAGCGUACUUCCGAGUCUUUCAGCCGCAUUACUUUCGCCUCCGGUUCGACCAAGUCGAUCCAAGGUUAAGCGUUCCCAAUCCGACUUCCAUUCUGAUUAUCACAUCGACGAUGCUUCCGAUUCCAUUAUUCGCUGUCGAGAUGAUGCUGGACUAGAACUUCAACAGCAAUUGGAGGAGACUGUCAAAGGCCAGCGUUGUCGAUUGCUGGCACUUCAAUCCCACUUGCAGUGCGCUUUAGAAGCUGGUCAAACUGCACUCCCAGUUUUUCGAACAGAGUUGAACUCCAUUCGAAAAUUAACGAUUGAAUGGAGUCAAGUAGCCAACGAACAAUUAGCUCGUUUGCGAUUCGAAUUAAUUCAACAUAUUAGAGAGAUGUUUGCCGCUACAGAAAAAACUUCGGAAGUCAUAUUGGAGGAAGUCAAGAGUCAAAACAAAAAAUUGGAUGAAGAAAAAGUUAAAUUGGAAGACGAAUUAAAGUCUGUUCGAGUUGAACUUGAAGAUUGGAAGAAACAAUGCAGCCGAUGGCAGGAAGAAAAGAAAGAGCUUGUCAGUAGCGCUCAAUUUUGUCUACGGCAGCGGGAAGAAGAGCUGGAGAAACAGAGAAUUGAACAGUUGCGCCAACAAAAAAUGAAAUACAAGCAGGAAAUUAACGCCUUAAAAGAAACGGUGAAAAAUACCGAAGAAAAGUGUAAAGCAAUUGUCAGCGAAUGGCAAGCCGUUUCCGAACAAGAGAAUCCAGAUGCAUUAAGGACAUGGAAACAGGAGCUGAUGCUUGGUCACGAAGUAGAACUCGAACAGUUAAAGUUGGAAAAAGAUUCGGAAUUAAGUGGCCUUCUGGAACUUCAAACGCAAAUGACGCUUCCAGACACUAACGAUUGGAAAUUAAAGUAUGAACACUUGCUUAAAGAAAAUGAAACACAAAAACUUCAACUUCAGGAGGAAUUGCAACGUAAACAUCGCUUAGAGAUUGAAGGACUUAGAUCACGAUUUCGCAUGAUGGCAAGCCAGUCCCCGUCGACGGAUUGUAGAUCAAGAUCCGAUUCUUUGGACAAAUUUGAAAUGCGGACAACCCCACCUGCCAGCCCGUGCAAUCUAGUGAGAACCAAGCGAGUAUCGGAGAGUCAAUCGGACGAACUGUUGCUACCCUUAGUAGAGAAGUUGAAGCAAGAGAAGGACAAGUUAUCUACGCUUGUCGAAAGCUAUACAACCCACUACAAGACGAGCAACACCAAGCCUACUAAAUGGGAAGCAACGCUUUCUGAAGCGUUAAAAGAAUCGAAUCAGAUGAUGCAGAGCGUUGGUUCAAAAGUCGAUCAACUUCGCCAAGAAAGUGUUAAUCUCUCAAGCAAACCUCCUCUUCCAUUUACCACAUCCAUAUCCCAGAUUAGUUCGGUGAACAUGGCAGCUAGUGUGGCAGUUUUGCAGUCGGAUGAUAAAUCGCCACCGAGCCCAUUACUUCCUCCAAAAUCUUCUUUAAAAAAGAAACCAAUGAGUAAAAUGACUAGGUCGCUUGUCAGACAAGGUUCGGCUAAUGUUUACGGUUGCGAAGUGGGAGAUGCAGUAGUUGUACAAUGGGAUGAACGAUAUUCAACCCAUAUUUUGUACAAUAAAGGACCGUAUCUCCAUUUUCUGCAUGCCGAUUCAAUAUCCUCGCUCGGAUUACAGAACGUGACGAUGGAGCCGUUUUUGGCUCGUGUUAUUCAAAGGGAGUUCUGCCUGGUCCGGAAGGAAGAAAAUCGUUACAAUCUUCCAAAAGGAACAAACUUUUAUCGUGUGAAAGUGGACCGAAUAAAUAGUACCUCUUAAGUCUGGACUGGUUGGACUUCGACAAUCAAGUUUUUCAAAAACAAUUACAAAGUCAACGAAAUAUUUUGUGCGUGUUUGUGUUUCUUUUUAGGUUGGGCAUUAAAUUGAAAACACAAUUAAUAAUACACAUUUACAGUAAACCCAA